CCCGGCCGGCUCCGCUCCGCUCCUCGCUGUACCGCUCCGCUCCGAUCCGCCCGCCGCGGACAUGAGUGCCGGCGCGAGGCGGCGGCUGCUGCUGCUGCUCCUCCUGCCCGUCUGGGGCUCGGCGGCGGCACACAAUGGGGAUCUUACAGUUAGACCCGCAUGCAAGCCUGGCUUCUCAGAACAAGACUACACAGCAUUCAUCUCCCAGAAUAUCAUGGAAGGGCAGAAGUUACUCAAAGUAAAAUUUAAUAACUGUGCCGGUAACAAGGGCGUGCGGUACGAAACCAACAGCCUGGACUUCAAGGUGAGGGCGGACGGGACCCUGUACGCCGCCCACCACCUGCAGGUGCCCUCCAAGCAGCUGAUCCUGGUGGUGACCGCCUGGGACCCCCAGACCCUGGGCAGGUGGGAGGCCAUGGUCAGGUUUCUGGUGGCAGAGAAGUCCCAACACAACGGACACAAGCCCAAAGGAAGGAAGGCACUGCCUGGAGAGCUGGUGCAGCAGCAGAGUGACACCCUGCUGCCGUGGCGGCAGCACCAGAGUGCCAACGGGCUGCGGCGGCAGAAGCGCGACUGGGUCAUCCCACCCAUCAACGUGCCCGAGAACUCCAGAGGGCCCUUCCCGCAGCAGCUGGUUCGGAUCCGUUCGGAUAAGGACAAGGAGAUCCAUAUCAGAUACAGCAUCACUGGAGUGGGAGCCGACCAGCCGCCCAUGGAGGUCUUCAACAUUGACCCUGUGUCUGGCAGGAUGUACGUGACACGCCCGAUGGACAGGGAGGAAAGAGCUUCCUACCACCUCCGGGCUCAUGCGGUGGAUAUGAAUGGAAACAAGGUGGAGAAUCCUAUUGACCUUUACAUCUAUGUGAUUGAUAUGAAUGACAACAGGCCGGAGUUCAUCAACCAAGUCUAUAAUGGAUCUGUUGAUGAAGGCUCUAAACCAGGGACCUACGUGAUGACGGUGACGGCGAACGACGCGGACGACGGCACCACGGCCAACGGGAUGGUGAGGUACAGGAUCGUCACCCAGACCCCGCAGAGCCCCUCUCAGAACAUGUUCACCAUUAACAGCGAGACAGGGGACAUUGUCACCGUGGCUGCUGGCCUCGACAGGGAGAAAGUUCAGCAGUACAUAGUCAUUGUUCAAGCAACAGAUAUGGAAGGAAAUCUGAACUAUGGUCUCUCAAACACGGCCACAGCGAUCAUCACAGUGACAGAUGUGAAUGACAACCCCCCUGAAUUCACGACCAGCACUUAUUCAGGGGAAGUGCCUGAGAACAGAGUGGAGGUUGUGGUGGCAAACCUGACGGUGAUGGACCGGGACCAGCCCCACUCUCCCAACUGGAACGCCAUCUACCGCAUCAUCAGCGGGGACCCCUCGGGCCACUUCACCAUCCGGACAGACCCCGUCACCAACGAGGGCAUGGUCACCGUGGUAAAGGCAGUUGAUUACGAGAUGAACAGAGCUUUCAUGCUGACAGUGAUGGUGUCAAACCAAGCUCCUCUGGCCAGUGGCAUCCAGAUGUCCUUCCAGUCGACAGCAGGAGUCACCAUUUCAGUCACAGAUGUCAACGAAGCUCCGUAUUUCCCAACCAACCACAAGCUGAUCAGGCUGGAGGAGGGGGUGCCAACAGGGACGGUGCUGACCACGUUUUCGGCGGUGGAUCCCGAUCGCUUCAUGCAGCAGGCAGUAAGAUACUCUAAGCUGUCAGAUCCUGCAAACUGGCUGAACAUUAAUGCCACAAAUGGUCAGAUCACUACUGCUGCUGUCCUUGAUCGAGAGUCAGACUACAUUAAGAAUAAUGUCUACGAGGCCACAUUCUUGGCGGCUGACAACGGAAUUCCCCCUGCCAGCGGCACCGGCACUCUGCAGAUCUACCUGAUCGACAUCAACGACAACGCUCCCGAGCUGCUGCCCAAGGAGGCGCAGAUCUGUGAGAAGCCAAACCUCAACGUCAUCAACAUCACGGCCGCGGACGCCGACAUCGACCCGAACGUGGGGCCCUUCGUCUUCGAGCUGCCAAGUGUGCCAUCUGCAGUGAGGAAGAACUGGACCAUCACACGGCUCAAUGGGGACUAUGCCCAGCUCAGUUUGCGGAUCAUGUACCUGGAAGCGGGAGUGUACGAUGUGCCCAUCAUCGUGACAGACUCAGGAAACCCCCCCUUGUACAACACCUCUGUCAUCAAGGUGAAGGUGUGCCCGUGUGACGAGAACGGCGACUGCACCACCAUCGGGGCCGUGGCUGCCGCGGGGCUGGGCACGGGGGCCAUCAUUGCCAUCCUGAUCUGCAUCAUCAUCUUACUGACCAUGGUCCUGCUCUUCGUGGUGUGGAUGAAGCGCCGGGAGAAGGAGCGGCACACCAAGCAGCUGCUCAUCGACCCCGAGGACGACGUCAGGGACAACAUCCUCAAGUACGACGAAGAGGGAGGUGGAGAGGAGGAUCAGGAUUACGAUUUAAGCCAGCUCCAGCAGCCAGAGACCAUGGAUCACGUGCUGAACAAGACACCUGGAGUCAGAAGGGUGGAUGAAAGACCUAUUGGUGCUGAACCACAGUAUCCCAUAAGACCAGUAAUCCCACAUCCAGGGGAUAUUGGUGAUUUUAUUAAUGAGGGCCUGCGUGCAGCAGACAACGACCCCACAGCCCCCCCCUACGACUCCCUGCUCGUCUUCGACUACGAGGGCAGCGGCUCCACCGCCGGCUCCGUCAGCUCCCUCAACUCCUCCAGCUCCGGGGACCAGGACUACGACUACCUGAACGACUGGGGGCCCCGCUUCAAGAAACUGGCGGACAUGUACGGGGGAGGAGAGGAAGAUUAAACUGACCUCAUCUUAUU